AUGCCGAUGUCGGACCCGAACCCCUGGGCAACAGCCAUGAACAACUUGGGGAUGCCUCCCAUGGGAAUCGGUGGACAGCCGCUCAUGCCAGGAAGGGAUUUGUCUCAUUUUACUGGUAUUUAUCUCUUGCCUCCAGAUUUCGACCCCAACCUUGGCAUGAUGGCUGGAAUUACCCCCAUGAACCCAAUGAUGCCCGGCCUCGGCAUGGUGCCUGCGCCCGUUUCCCAGGAUAUACCGGUAGUUAAAGAGAUCAUCCACUGCAAGAGCUGCACCCUGUUCCCUCCAAACCCCAACCUACCCCCUCCAGCUACAAGGGAGCGACCUCCAGGGUGUAAGACAGUGUUUGUGGGUGGUCUUCCGGAGAACGCCACUGAGCAGCUCAUCAUGGAGGUCUUUGGACAGUGUGGGGAUAUAACAGCUAUACGCAAAAGCAAGAAAAACUUCUGCCACAUCCGAUUUGCAGAGGAGUUUACCGUGGACAAGGCUCUCUUCUUAUCUGGAUACCGACUCCGUCUGGGCUCCAGCACAGACAAAAAAGAUACUGGUCGACUUCACGUGGACUUUGCCCAGGCCAGAGAUGACCUGUACGAGUGGGAGUGUCACCAGCGAAUGCUCGCCAGAGAGGAGCGUCACAGGCGCAAGAUGGAGGAGGAUCGCCUCCGACCGCCAUCCCCCCCGCCCAUUGUCCACUACUCUGAGCACGAGUGCAGCCAGCUGGGUGACAAGAUCAAAGACGACGGCAAAUUUGAAGAGGCAGUGCGUGUCCUCCUGACCUGGCUGGAACGAGGCGAAGUCAACCGCAGGAAUGCCAACAACUUCUAUUCCAUGAUCCAGUCCUCCAACAGCCAUAUCCGCCGGCUUAUGAGCGAGAAGAGCCAGCACGAGAAGGAGAUGGAGGAGGCCAAAGAGAAGUUCAAGACGGCUCUGGCCGGCAUACUGACUCAAUUUGAACAGAUUGUGUCUGUAUUCCAAGCUGCUUCCAAACAAAAGGCAUGGGACCAUUUCUCCAAAGCUCAGCGCAAGAACCUGGACAUGUGGCACAAACAAGUAGAGGAGAUCAGAAAUAUGCACAACGAGCAGCUGAUGGGCAUCAGACGAGAAGAAGAGAUGGAGAUGUCUGAUGAUGAUAUGGAGGAUGCACCUGACAGCAAGGACUCUGAGGACUCAGCUGUUUCUCAAGCCGAAGCCUUAAAGGAGGAGAACGACUCCCUGCGCUGCCAGCUAGACGCCUACAGGAACGAGGUGGAGCUGCUCAAACAGGAACAAGGCAAGAACCAGCCAAUCAGAAGCGAGGAGGACAGCACUCACUCACAGCAGCUCAGCUUCCUGCAGCAGGCUCUCCAAGGCAUGCAGAAUCAACUGUUAAAAAUGAGGGAAGAACUGAAGCAGCGGGAAUCUGAACUAGAAAAGAGUUUGGAGGACAAACAGCAGCUGAACACACAAGUCCAGAACCUGAAGGAGGGUCUCCAGAAACUACAGAACACACACACGGUGCAGAUGGAGAUGUCCCAGCAAGACGACAGAGGCAGCGAGGAGCGAGCCAAUCAAACCGGCGAAGCUGCAAUGUCAACGGUGGUGUCCUGCAGUCAGGAGAAAGAAGGCCCCACCGAGAAGAAUCCGUCCAGUCCAAUCCACUCUGAGAGGGAAGCUCUGCUAGUUGGGAUCAUUUCAACCUUCCUGCACGUCCAUCCGUUUGGUGCCAGUAUCGAGUACAUCUGCUCCUACCUGCAGCGUUUGGACACCAAGAUCAACCCCGGCGAGGUGGAGGCCCUCCUCUCUCGCCUGCCCUGCACCUUCCGGCAGGAGCUGAGCGGUGUGGGCGCCAGCCUGGAGAAGCGCUGGAACUUCUGCGGCUUCCAGGGAAUCAAGAGCACAUAA